GUCGAGCCGGCAGUGAUGCACGUGUCGGUGGUGUCUGACUGUUGGCACAACGGACUGUUGACGGCGCUUGAGGCGCAUCGAGAGCUAAUUACGUAAAUCUUCGGCCGGUUGGGACGCGUACAAAGACUAAGAGGAACCAGAGAAGCGCUAACGCCAGAUAAGCAUGAAGAAAUUUUUGUGUUAUUUUGAGCUCCGGACGGGUAACAUCUUCAUCGGAGUGGUGUCGGUGAUACAAAGCAUCUUCAUAAUCCUGGCGGGGUCUGCAUCGUACGCGGAGUCCUCAUUCUCAGAGUUUCACUUGACGUGGAUUUGCAUGGCAUCACUGUUGCUCAUCGUAUCGUUACUCUUCGUCAAGGGAGUUGGUGACAAAAUAUCAGCACUGAUGGUGCCAUGGAUACUGGCCAUGGUGCCAUUCAUUUUGUGGCUCAUCGGAGCGGCUGUCUGGGCUGCCGUGAACCCCAAAAUGAUGGAUCCUGUCAGCUCUACGUUGAUGUUUGCGUUUGCACUUGUCCAGGCGUACUUCUUAUCCUGUGCAGUCUUCUACCACAGAGUACUGGUCAGAGAGCACUGAGAAGCAUACCUGAAAACAAGAAACAAAUCUGCGAAAAACGAAGACGAUGGAGCUACGUCCAGAAGAGACGCGAAACCACGGAGGUGGCUUUGUACUUAAGCUCGACCUUGUAUAUAUUUGCUGCCUACUUUCUGUGCAAAGAUUACUGCGAACAUGGUUUCUCAAUCUUUAUUUAUUACGAAGGCAUCUCCCAUUGUAGUACGUGUUAAAGAAAUCAUUAUCUCUUUUAAAUGCGUAUUUUACACGGAGGGUGAGCGGCGGUGUCAUUUUCACGGGCCGCCUAAUAUUUUCGUAGUUUCGUUUUUCAUCCCAUUACUGUAUGAUAACCAAAUGACCGGAAGUUCGCCAACUACCGUAGUGGAUAAGCGCUGUCUCUUUAAACACCUAUCGAGGAGAUUU